UCGCGUCCCCAUCAGUCUUUCAUCAGCUUUGCUCCUUCGAACAGGGAUUUUCCUGACGCGACAACACAAUCAGUAUUAUUGUUUUGGCAGUUUUGUGUCGUGCUUUGUUGUUGUGUAGUUUUGCUAUUAGUUUUGCCGGUCAAAAUGGAUUCUAAUCCGGCGAUCGGAACGGUGGUGGAAAUGCUGACCAAGCUCAAACUGCAACCAGAUAAGCCGGCUAGCAGUGUCCGGUCGGCGCCUGUCGAUGUUCCUACGACCAAACCCGCAAAGACCAAGAAGCAGCCCAAACCCCCAAAGAACAACAAUCACAACCCCUCGACCAAACCCCCAAAGGUUAAGAAGCAGCCCCCACAGCCCAACCCCCAAACGAAAAACAUUCACAUUGAAGCCAGGAUUGCGCGAAAGAAGAAAAAUGCAACCGCCACCACCAGCAACGUCUCAGCCCAAACCAAACCAUCGGAAAACGUGGCCCAUCAAAAGUCCAACCGACGUCCCGGUACCAACACCAUGGACGAAUUCCUGUCCAAAAAGCACAAAAAAUCCUCCAACCUGAAGCUCAAACGAAAGGCAACCGCCGUCCGCGUGGCAAAACCUCUCGGCGAUUCAGUGCGUGUUUCCUGCGCGAUCUGCCAGCUUCCGUUCGGGACGAAGCGCGAACUCCGGGCGCACCUGUCCGGCGACCACGGUGCCGUCUUUUCGCUCAAACCAAUGCUGAACCUUCACGACCGGAACGGGCUGCUGAAGCGGCAGGUGUUCAAGGUUCAGCUGCAGCAGAUUCCGCGCGCCGUGCCGAUGUUCGAGGUUCAGAUCACCAACGCGACCAACGUGGUGCUGGUGCUUCGGUCGGUGUUCGUGUUUGAUGGAAACGAGUGUCUGCACUCGCUGUUUGGCGAAACGGUGCUCCGGAUGGCCCCGGGGUACUGCUUCGAGGAGCAGGUCACGCUGGACGAUUUGGUGCUGAGUGGGGCGCGGACCUACUCGCUGUUGAUCGUGGCCACUCCGUGGGUGGAGGUAGAAGCAGACUUCCAGAUCGUGGAACAGUUUCACUUCAGGGAGGCGGGUCAGAGUCGUGCUCGGCGGACCGAGAUCAAGCUGGCCAAGCUGCCGGACUUUCCAGUGCCGGUGGCGGUUCGGUUUUUGUACAAGAACAAGUUUAAGAACCGGGGCGCUUUCACGCCGGCUCAGGCGGAUCUCCUGGCGGAGAUUGAGAGCUUUAAGGAGCCCAACUCGCUGAGCGGCGAUCGGUACCAUCGGCAGCUGACGCUGCUGAACCAAAUCGAGGACGAGUACAAAAUCCAAGAGUUUCGCAGCUACAUCAUCAUGGAGCCGAAGCUGAAGAAGACCAAGUUUCCAAAGUAUUUCACCAUUUCUAUCGACCAGUUCAAGGCGCGUCCUUCGAUGCUCAAGGAGGAUGUGGUGGUGUUGCUGGCGAUCGAAAUUGGCGAACGCAUGGAAACCUUCGAAGGCGUGGUGGAACGAAUCGAUUUCGAGGGCGUUCUCAUGCUGUUCGAGCACGGGCUUCCGCUCGGUAAUCCGGACGGCAACUUCCACAAGCUGGAGUUUAUUCCGGAUCGGAGUCCGUUCCAGCUGGAGUACCAGGCGUUGGAGCUGCUCGAAAGCAGGGCGAUGCAGCAGCUGGCUUUCCCGAGCGACUUUGGCCGGAGCAAGCUGCCGGCGAUUAAGGAAUUCAAGUGGAUUCGCCAGAACGUCGCCUCCAACGAGGAGCAAAUGGCGGCCGUGCGGAACAUCGUAAAUCAGUCGUCCUUUCCGGCCCCCUACAUCCUGUUUGGACCGCCCGGAACGGGCAAGACGUCCACGCUGGCCGAAGCGAUCGGCCAAAUCUAUCACCAACGGCCCAAGGAGAACGUCCUGGUAGCGGCCACGUCCAACUUCGCCGCCAACGAGCUGACCAACCGGCUUCUGGGCGUUGUUCCGGACGAUGCGAUCUUUCGGUUCUUCUCCAAGUCGUGCACGCGCAAGGUGGACGAAUUCGACAACGAAGUGUUGGAGGUGUCCAAUUUGAACGGGAGGAUCUACCAAAGGCUUUGCUACGAAGACAUCUACCAGAGCCGGGUGGUGGUUUGUACCUUGGCGACGGCCGGCCGGUUGAACCAGGCCCGGAUUGCCGCCAAGCAUUUUUCUUAUGUUUUUAUCGACGAAUGUGGCAGUGCCAAAGAGAUUUCUGCACUGAUUCCAAUCGCUGGAAUUGCCACGUUCGGUAGCGAGGUCACCGCGAGUGUCGUACUCGCGGGGGAUCCGCGCCAGCUGGGACCGGUCAUCAUGUACGAUUACCUGUCCCACAGCUCGCAAAGCAGGUCCAUGUUGGACCGGUUGAUUGACCACGGAUUGUACGCGAAGAGCCCUGAGACGGGGGAGUACAACCGGCAAGUCAUCACCCAACUUCGGGACAACUUCCGGUCCCACACUGCAAUCUUGCAGUAUUCGAACAAAACGUUCUACGAAGCACGACUUCGCGCCAAAGCCAGUCCGGAAGUGUCCGGCUGGGCACUCGGCUGGAGCGUACUGCCCAACCAGAACUUCCCAAUCAUUUUUCACCCUCUGGUCGGGAAGUCACUGCAGGACAAAAACUCCACCAGCCUGUACAACGAGGUUGAAGCGGACCAGGUCAUGUGGUACAUCCGCAAGAUCCUCGCGGAAGGCAUCAACGGGCGCGAGUUUAAGCAGACCGACAUUGGCGUCAUUUCGCCGUACGCCCUGCAGGUGGCCCAUCUCAAGAGUCGCUUCCGCGAACCCAAGUGGGCCGACAUCGAGAUCGGUUCCGUCGAGCAGUACCAGGGCCGAGAGAAACCCAUCAUCAUCGUGUCCACGGUACGAACGCGAACCAAGUGCGUUGGCUUCCUGUCGGACGUUAAACGACUCAACGUGACGCUGACGCGAGCCCAGGCGCUCAUGAUCAUCGUCGGCGAUCCAUCGACGCUGGGAAACGACCCCCACUGGAAGGAGUUUAUCAAGUAUUGUCGCGUGAAUCGGGCACUGGUGAAGCCCACGGAACCGGCGGUUGCUCCGGCGAAUCAGGCCAAUAAAAAGAAGCAGAAACCAAAGGAGAAUCCGCCGAAGCAGGCAGCGAAGUAGAAGCCGAAUGUGGUGAAGAAGGUGGCGUCCAUUCCGGCGAAACCCGUUCCGGUGAAUAACAAUGCGAGAAAGAUUGAAGAAGCGCUUUCUUCGUAGGGGAACUAUACCCUUUCUCAGC